UUGAUCAAGCUACGAGUAUUUAUAUCGUAUAUAGUCUAUUAUUGGACGGUCUAGAUCGAUCGAUCAUGUGUAGCAGAGGGCAUUGGAGGCCUCAUGAAGAUGAGAAAUUGAGAGAGUUAGUUGCAAAAUAUGGACCUCAUAAUUGGAACGCUAUUGCACUAAACUUGCAAGGCAGAUCAGGAAAGAGUUGUAGGUUGAGAUGGUACAAUCAAUUGGAUCCAAGAAUUAACAGAAGUCCAUUCACAGAAGAGGAAGAAGAAAGACUUCUUUCAUCACAUAGAAUUCAUGGGAAUAGAUGGGCAAUGAUAGCUAGGCUAUUUCCUGGACGUACUGAUAAUGCUGUGAAAAAUCAUUGGCAUGUUAUUAUGUCCAGAAAAUGUAGAGAAAGAUCUAAGAUAUAUUCAAAUAGAGCUGCCCAAAAACAAGGCAAUAAUAUGAGAAAAAGUUAUAUUGAUCAUGAUCAACAAUUAUUAGAAAGAUAUAGUACUAAUUGUUACCAAUUCAGUACUACUUAUAAUUCCUUUUAUCCAAAAGAUAAGCUUCAUUUCAACCACAUGAUUCCUCGGCGUUUCAACAUGGAUCAAGAUAAGAAUGAAGAAGUGGAAUGUUAUGAUUUUCUACAAGUGAAUAAUAAUACUGCAGGCUCAAAUAAAAGUGAAGUGAUAGAUCAUAUUGCAAUUAGAAGGGGCACAGAUGAAGAAGUGGAACAACAAAAUGGCUGUGAUAAUAAUAUUUCUUCACAAAGCAAAAAGGCUCCAGUGAGAUUUAUAGAUUUCCUAUCAGUUGGAGACUCAUCCUAAUUUCUUCAUUUUUUUUAUUUUUUUUAAAUCUAUGAGACAAAAACUUCUCACUGAAAAAUUCAGUGAAAACAAUAUAUAUAUUUAUAAUAUGUUGCACAAUUUAGGACCUUUAACUA